UGCUGCAUUUCGGCCUGGACAUGGCAGCGACGCCGCUGAAAGUGUGCAUCGUGGGCUCCGGGAACUGAUAAUCAAAGGAUGAUGGUUCAUCAAACAAAAAACCCAUAUUUUUAUGCCUCUUUUAGAUCAGUCAGAGUAAGACUUUUGACCCUUGGGUAGGCAGCCUGAAACAGCCCUAAGAUGAUGGACCUUCAGCCCCUUCUGCAUCCUUAAGAAUAAAGGAUCAAAGCAGGAGGAGGCGGGAAGAGGGGUUCAGCUGUUGCAAAAAUAAUUGGUAAUAAUGUCAAGAAACUGCAGAAGUUUGCCUCCACAGUCAAGAUGUGGGUCUUUGAAGAAACAGUCAAUGGGCGAAAAUUGACAGACAUCAUAAAUAAUGACCAUGAAAAUGUAAAAUAUCUCCCUGGACACAAGCUGCCAGAAAAUGUGGUUGCCAUCUCUAACCUCAGUGAGGCUGUACAGGAUGCAGACCUGCUGGUGUUCGUCAUCCCACACCAGUUCAUUCACCGGAUCUGCGAUGAGCUCACUGGCAGGGUGCCCAAGAAAGCACUGGGAAUCACCCUCAUCAAGGGCAUCGACGAGGGCCCAGAGGGGCUGAAACUCAUUUCUGACAUCAUCCGUGAGAAGAUGGGCAUUGACAUCAGUGUGCUGAUGGGUGCCAACAUUGCCAGCGAGGUGGCUGCAGACAAGUUCUGUGAGACCACCAUCGGCAGCAAAAUCAUGGAGAAUGGGCUUCUCUUCAAAGAACUUCUGCAGACUCCCAAUUUUCGAAUUACUGUGGUUGAUGAUGCGGACACCGUUGAACUUUGUGGUGCUCUUAAGAACAUCGUCGCCGUGGGAGCUGGGUUCUGCGAUGGCCUCCGCAGCGGUGACAACACCAAAGCUGCCGUCAUCCGCCUGGGCCUCAUGGAAAUGAUCUCUUUCGCCAAGAUCUUCUGCAAGGGCCAGGUGUCCACAGCCACCUUCCUGGAGAGCUGUGGGGUGGCCGACCUGAUCACCACCUGCUAUGGAGGGCGGAAUCGCAGGGUGGCUGAGGCAUUCGCCAGAACGGGGAAGACCAUUGAAGAAUUGGAGAAGGAGAUGCUAAACGGGCAGAAGCUCCAAGGACCUCAGACUUCAGCAGAAGUAUACCGCAUCCUCAAACAGAAAGGACUCACUGACAAGUUUCCACUGUUUACCGCAGUGUAUCAGAUCUGCUAUGAAGGCAGACCCAUCUCAGAGAUGCUGUCCUGUCUCCAGAGCCAUCCAGAGCACACCUAAAGUGAAUCAUGUACCAGCCUGGGAACCAUUCUGCCCCUCCCAUGUGGAAGCGAAGACUUGGCAACAAAAUGUUUGCUUGAUUGUACUCCCAUCAUGAAUAUGUAUGAAUUAUUAUAAGUUCAUUUUUUAAUUAGAGGCAAUUCAUUGGCUAAGAUGUACUGGACAACAACUAAACACAUGUGAAUGUGUGUGUGCAUGUGUGUGUGUGUGUGUGUGUGCAUGUAUAUGUGUUCAUUGUUUAUGAGUGUUUCUAUGAACCAAAAUUAUAGGUCCUUUUUAAAUAGAUUGCAUUUAAAAUUUCCCCACUAUGUAGUCUAUAUGAUUGGCAUUAUCUCAGCUAAAUUUUUUAGAUAUGAUUCAUAUGUAAUGUUUUUUCUCAUUUUUGAUGAUAAAUUUAACCAGCAGUAAAAUGGUAGGUUGGAGGAGAAAGAUCACCAUAUGUGCUCAAAGAUCACCAUAUUUAACUUUUAAACACUAUCUCAAAGCCAGCAUAGUCAACUACUUUGAUUGUGGGUUGAUCUUUUUUCAAACAAUUAGGUAUUUUAAAUUAGAAAUCCAUAUUUUCUCUCGCUGCAGUUUUCUGCAUUCUUUAGCCACCUUUCUCUUCAUUAGCUGCAAGAACGUGCUUCUGUAAAGAUGUAGCAGUCGCAGAAGUCAGAAACUCACCUGGGAUUUUCCUGCUGUGAAUGACACGGUCCUCCAGUUAACAAACACUUGUAUGAUGCUCUGUGUUAGGUGGUGCUUUUUUGCAAAGAUUUAUCUUAAACCUCAUGAAUCCCUAAGAGGGGGCUGCUGUUGUUCCUCUUAUAAAAUGGAGUCACUGGCACCUGGUCACUGGGUGAGCAGAGACAGAGCCAGGAGUCAAGUGCAGCGCACUUCCACCCCACCAAGGUGCAGGACCUUCUAAGCUGUCCCCAGACUUACCUGACCUCAGGCUCACAGGUUGUGGCAAAUGUCCACGCAGCCUCUCCUGAGGCCACAGGAAGGCUUCCUGCUGCUGGGAAUUGUGUAGGUCAAAGUCUCCAUGGUCACCACUCCAAGUAUGAUCCCCAGUCCACCAGCAUCAGUUUACCUCUUAGAAACGCACAUUUUGAAGCUUGGCGUGGUGGCACACCUGGUAUCCCAGCUACUCAGGAGGCUAAGGCAGGAAGAUUACAAGUUCAAGUCUAAUCUAGACAACUUAGCAAGAUCCUGCCUCAAAAUUUUUAAAAGGCUGGGGGUGUAGCUCAGGGGUAGAACACUUGCUUAGCAUGUGUAAGGCCCUGGGUUCAACUCCAGAACCAGGGAAAUAAAAGCAGAUUCCCAGGCCCCGUCCCAAACCUCUGAGGUGGCAUCUGUUUCAACCCCCUUCUGUGGGUUUCCGAUGCUCACUAGAAUGUGAGAACUACUACUGUAGAAAAUUUACUUUAACGCGGCCAUCCUCAGACCAUCUACCCAGAAUGUCCUGGGCUCCAGUGAAUGUUCGAGAGUCUCCUGAAAGGUCAAGUGACUUAGAGACGCUGCACACGCACAACCCUCUUGAAGGUGUAGAAUGUAUGUUAGGAUGCCAGUGGAACCUGUUUGCUUAACCAAGCAAGCCCCAAACAUGUUAGACUUUGGAGAUCUUUUGGCAAAGAAACUAAACUAGCCAAAGUUUCUAGGGAACACUGCUGUCAGUGAAGGUGACAUUUGGACAACUCAAGUAGACCCUGUGAGAAAUGAAGAUGAAUAACUACCUGUGGUAUUGUUAGUUCUGGACUUUACAGCUCAGGUCUGCCAUAAAUCUUUGAUGAGGCUUUAAGGUGACACCGGCAAGUAUAUAACCAAGUAGAUGCCAGCCUUGCUGAAAUGCACAUUAUGUGGAUAAGUGCUUUUAAUUCUAGAAUUAAAAUGGGAAUUACUGUAUCUUCUGAAAUGAGAUUCGUUUCAGAAUAGCAUUCCAGUUAUCUUGCAUAGCAUUCCAUAAGUAUUAAAAGAACAUAUGAAUGUCACAUAUAUAUUCAUCAUGAGUUUGUGAGAUUUUUCGCUUUCCCUUCCCCACCCUGGAUUUUUUUUUUCUCCUAUAACUGAAAUGACUAUAGAAUAGAUUUUUGUGAGUAUUUUAAAACUUACCUGAAACACUUUGGGGGCAUUUUAAACUCCCAUACACAGAAGUGUGUGAAAGCACACAAAAUGCUACGAGCUUCAGCAGUUUUAGUCCCACUGUUAAGUCAAUCAAUUUUGCUUCUCUCUUGAUAAAAUUUUUUUAAAGUUUGUACAUAGGUAACAAAGAAUUACUUUUUAAGACAUAAAAAGGGCUGAAAGUUCAUUGUGUCUACUAAGUAGGAUAAUGUACUGUGAGGAGUUAGGGUUUUGUGUGUUUUGUAUAUUCUCAUCUGCAUUCCGCUUCCUACUCUGGGUUUUGUACUUGAGUGUUUUUUCUUUACAAAUGCCCUCUUUCCACUCUAAAGUCUGCUGAUUGCACCUCUUGAACAUACUUUAUAAUUAUCUGCACAUUAUGGAAAAAAGUAAAUUUUAUAAGUUUAUGCUCUACUAAUUGUAGAUAUUUAUUACUCUACGAGUCAUCUAUUUUUAUAACUACCUGUGGUCUGUCAUUUAUUUUGAUUCAGAUUUCUUACCAGUUAUGGUAAUAGGGAGGGAGAUACCUUGAUUAGAAACUUACUAUCUAAGCCAAUCUGUGAAUGUAAAAACUACACUGUUGCCUUGCUAUCAUCUACCUUAGUAGUGUGGAACAAAAUCCCUGUUUGAAAUCCAUGCUAGGGACGGACUUGAGCUGGUUUUUUCAUUUAACUCUUAAUGAUAGCCUGUGGCAUUGGCUCAAGGAGGGAGUUGUGGUAAGGUGCCAGAUUUUUCCAGUAGUUCUAAUUUUCUGGGCUUUUACUUACAUGUAUACUGUAAUUGUUUACAGACCAUAGGUGGAUGGAUAAUUUAAAAGCUUGAUUUAAUAAACAUUUAACCCCCGCA